GAAUACUCAAUAUAGCAAGCUGCGAUCAAUAAAACGCAGACGUAUUUUUUCAGUCGUCCAGUUCAUUUAAGUUCUUAUUUGUUAUAAAUAAUUAUUUCUUCGUCAGUUUAAAAAACACUUUUUGACACAAAAUGGCCUCAAUAGAAGACAGUUGGAAUGAAGCAACUCAAGAUUUUAAUACUGAAGUUUGUGAUAGAUGGUUAAAACGCAUACAAGAAGUUUAUUCAAACGAAAAAAGAACUUAUCAUAAUUUAGAUUUUCUUCGUGAAAAAUUACGUCUUUACAACGAAAUUACAAGUCAGUUAAAAAAUCCCAAGGCAGUAAUUCUUGCUCUUUUCUUUCAAAACUUUGAAUAUGACCCUAAAGCACUAGAUGGAGAAAAUCAAAAUCUUGAUUUCUUCAAUGAGUUUGCUAAUGAAGCUGGAAUUCCUGAGGACGAUCCAAUUCGUACAGAAACAUCAGCACUUCUUCAAGCAAUAGCCACACACAGUACUGAAGAACACAAAAUUGGAGGUGCCUAUGGCAGUGAAGACGUUCACUAUCUUCUAGAUCUAGACAUGGCAGUAUUAGGAGCUUCUCCUGAAGUUUAUUCAGAGUAUACAGAAAAAAUACGUGGAGAAUAUUCUUUUCUUAGUGAACCAAUGUAUAUAGCAUUAAGACUUAAGGUAUUGCAAAAUUUUUUACGAAUUCCAAAUAUUUUUGCAACUAAAGAGUUUCGUGAGAAAUUUGAAGAUCAGGCAAGGCAUAAUAUCACUGCAGAAAUUGAAUUAUUGUAAAAGUAAUGAUAACAGUUUUAAUAAUCUGCAAUUGCUACAGAGCUUUUGUAAAUGCAUUCAGAUAAAUUCAUGCUGAUAUACAUGAUGUAUGGAAUAAAUGUGAUUUAUUCUACAUAACAUGUGCUGAUAGACUUUGAUGUUAAUCAAGGUACAAGAUGAAUUUAUAAAUUGAAAUUUGAUUAGCUAAUUUCACAGUGUUUAUUGAAUAGAUUGAAAAAGUGAUCACGGUCAGAAGCACAAAAACUGGAUUUUCUUUUAUCGCGAUAGACUUUAAUUUGUUGAUAUAUUUUUAACUAUUGUUUAUUUAAACUUUCUUUAAAAUUUUGUGGAUAAUCAUUUGAUAAUAAUGAUAAUAAUAAUAAUAAUACAUGAUAAUACUUUGUCGGAAUUAAUCAUAAAUAUAUGUUUAAAAUUUGUAGUGAUCUAAGCAAAUGGUUGUGAUCUUAAAUAUAAAAAAAAAAUAACAAAAAUUCAAAUAAAAAUAAAAAAUAUGUACUAAAUGGAAUUGUAAUAUGAAGAA